AGGUUGGCAAUACUGCGAUGGCUCACUGCGAGUACGCAACGAGUAUUUGUAAACCCAGACCCAGCUGUUUUGUGAUUUGUGAACAAAAGUAGGGGGUUAGAUUUUCUUUCUUUCAUUUUUGAUCGAAAAGUGUGUGAAAAAGUGGAACUGUGGUUAGAGAAGCCAUCAGUUUGAGUAAUUUAUAAAUUUGCUCUACGUUCGUUAUAUAACGAUGCCGGUUUUAGACCAAAGACAAACAACUAAUCAAUAGAAUUUUAUAGUAAGCUAUAGCUCUCGUAAUCACUAUCUUUAAUUCAUCUAUUACCGAGAAAUCUAAAAAUGGAAGCACUUAUUCCGGUCAUCAACAAAUUGCAAGAUGUCUUUAAUACUGUUGGAUCAAACUCCAUACAUUUGCCCCAAAUCGUGGUCCUUGGAUCUCAGAGCUCAGGCAAAAGUUCAGUUAUUGAGAGCUUAGUGGGGAGGUCCUUUUUACCAAGAGGUACAGGAAUUGUUACCAGGAGACCUUUAAUCUUACAAUUAGUUUAUUGCCCGAAAGAGGACAGGGAGCAUCGAAAUGCUUCAGAUGGAACACUUGAUCUUGAAGAAUGGGGUGUUUUCUUACAUGCCAAAGACAGAGUAUUUCGUAAUUUUGAUGACAUUAGAGCAGAAAUUCAGCGUGAAACAGAUCGUUUGGCAGGAACAAAUAAAGGCAUUUGCAACGAACCGAUCAAUCUCAAGAUAUAUUCCACCAAAGUAGUGAAUUUGACAUUGGUUGACUUACCUGGCAUCACAAAGGUCCCCGUGGGUGAGCAGCCCCCAGACAUAGAACAACAAAUUCGGGAAUUGGUACUAAAGUAUAUUUCAAACCCAAACUCUAUAAUCCUCGCUGUUGUCACCGCAAACACAGAUAUGGCAACGUCAGAAAGCUUAGCUAUAGCUAGAGAUGUAGAUCAGGACGGUAGACGAACUUUGGCUGUUGUGACAAAGCUAGACUUGAUGGAUGCAGGAACUGAUGCUAUCGAUAUAUUAUGUGGCAGGGUGAUACCAGUAAAGUUAGGCAUAAUAGGAGUGGUAAAUAGAUCGCAACAAGACAUAAUUAACAACAAGAGCAUCCAAGAUGCUUUGAAAGAUGAAACAUCAUACUUGCAAAGUAAAUAUCCAACGUUGGCAGCGCGGAAUGGUACCCCGUAUCUGGCCAAAACACUAAACAGGCUGUUGAUGCAUCAUAUUAGGGACUGUCUCCCUGAUCUAAAGACAAGAGUGAACCUGAUGAUUUCUCAGUACCAGUCACUGCUUUCUUCAUAUGGAGAAGAUAUAUCAGAUAAAAGUAAAACGCUUUUACAAAUUAUAACAAAAUUUGCAUCGGCAUAUUGUUCCACAAUCGAAGGUACAGCAAGAAACAUUGAGACCACCGAGUUGUGUGGUGGUGCUAGGAUUUGUUAUAUAUUUCAUGAAACUUUUGGCAGAACGUUGGAUUCUAUCCAUCCGUUAGCUGGUCUAACUAAAAUGGAUAUUUUGACAGCAAUAAGAAAUGCGAAUGGUCCUCGUCCCGCCCUAUUUGUACCUGAAGUUUCGUUCGAAUUACUAGUCAAAAGACAAAUCAGAAGACUGGAAGAACCGUCUCUUCGGUGUGUUGAGUUGAUACAUGAAGAAAUGCAACGAAUUAUUCAGCAUUGCGGUAGCGAAGUUCAGCAAGAGAUGUUGCGUUUCCCAAAGCUGUACGAAAAAAUCGUGGACGUGGUCACCCAACUUUUGAGGCGUAGGCUACCGACUACGAACGUGAUGGUGGAAAAUUUGGUAGCCAUCGAGCUUGCGUACAUAAACACAAAACAUCCAGACUUUUAUAAAGAGAUCGCGACGGUUCCUACUAUGAUAAAAUCCGGUGACGGUUCCAGGCCGACUAGACCAAAGAGCAUGUACGGCAAGAUGCAGACUGAGCAACAAGAUUUCGUUAUGCAGCGUAAAAAUACUUCGGUGGCACUAGUUCCCAGACAAGAUCAAGCUGAUUUUUUCAAUUACUUGUUUCGAAUACUACCCGCGACUAGCUAUAAUGAUUUUAUGAAUGCAGUGCAGGCUCGUUCCACGGCGAAUCCGCAGGUAAACAGUAGCGGCGAUGACCCAACCACGUGGGUGUCCACCUUGACAGCAGCCCAAAAUGGGAAAGAAAACGAUCUGAAUCACGUGAAUAACAUACCGGACAACGUCAAGCUGGAAAACGAUAUUAAGGACGUACUCAGCCCUACAAAACCUGUGAAUUUGCUGCCGCAAGUUCCCACCAACACUUUCAGGAAAUUGUCAGAGAACGAAGAGCACGACUGCGAAAUCAUCGAAAGGCUGAUAAAGUCGUACUUUUACAUAGUGCGCAAGUCGAUCCAGGAUACGGUCCCGAAAGCCGUGAUGCAUUUUUUGGUAAAUUACGUGAAGGACAACCUCCAGUCGGAGUUGGUGACGCAUCUGUAUAAAUCGGACAAUGCUGAUCAGUUACUCUCCGAGUCUGAACACAUUUCGUUGCGCCGUAAGGAGGCUGGCGAUAUGCUGAAGGCACUCCAACGAGCCAGCCACAUAAUUAGUGAAAUUAGAGAAACCCACAUGUGGUAAUUUAGGAAGAUGAUUUUCGCUCACAGGAAAAAAGUGUCAUGUGACUAGUCAAAGGUUUCAAAAUUAUCAAAACUAUACAUUGUUAAGUGAAACGAGGUGUAAGUCACUUAGUAUUUAUUAAGCAACACUUUUUACAGGUUGCAUUAUAUUGUUGUAAUUGAUUGAAUCAGACACAAUUUCAGCUGAUCCACUCUGUUGUGUGGAUAUAUGUUGUUUUUUUUAUACACUUAGUAAUUAUAUGACGCGCUAAGUAGUUUAUGUCUUGUGCUUAGCAGUGUGAUGCAAGUUGGAAAUUGUAGAUAAGCAACAAUUACUAUUAAUAAAUGUAGUUUAAAAAACUGAAAAUAGUAGCAAAUCGAUCAAAAAAGUAGAGAAUAAUUUUCAAGUAGGCAAUCGAAAGUCCAAAAAUCAAGUAUGAAUAAUUAAAUUGAAAUAAGGUCAAUAUAAAAAUUAAGAUACCAACAAAGAACCCAAUUAUAGUAAAAAAGCGUGGGGUGCUUGAUAUUAAAUGUUAGAAUUUUUUUGUUGUUAUUUCCAAAAUUGGAGUUGAUAUGAAAAUAUAGUUGAUUGAAAAUAGUUUUCUAAUUUUUAGUUCCAUUUGCUAUUGAAGCGUGUUUUUUAAUUUUUUUUAUCUAUAAUUUAUUUUGUGAAUUUUUAUUCUCAAGUCGUCGAUAAAACUACCUACUUAUAAUCAAGAGCUUCGAUUUUUGGCAUAUUUUAUAUUUGACA